GAGGUGGUGGUGGUGAACUCUGCUUCUCUGGAAUCCCCAGUCCUUCCCCUUGCUAGGCUCUGCCUCUGAGUUCACAAAAGCUGUGCCCCCAACGCACAUAAACAUACACACACUCACUUAUUUUUUUAAUCUAGAGACUCAAAAAAUGACAAAACGCCAGAGCUGGAAGGCAUCUCUAGCUUGUCCAGCCCUUCCCGCCUCCCUCUUCACAGAUGAGAAAACUGAGGCCCUGGUUUGGGAUUUCCAGGGCCCGGGGUUUUCCAACCCUACCCCUCAGCCCCCAGCGGCCACUCCAGCGCCUCUUGCCCGCCACCAUUUCGGGACGCUUCCGCGGAGCCGCAGGCAAGGGCUGGCUGGGACUCCCGGGGGACCCCGCCGUCGGGGCUGCCCCACGCGCGGCGCCGCCACGCCUCGCCGCCCGGGGCCCGGCCACAGCCGCCGCUGGGCACUCGCCGGGAAGCCAGCAACCGAGGGCGGAGGCGGGGAGGGAGCUAGGCAGCAGGGAGGGGGAGUUGGGGAGAGCUCGCGCUCUGUGUAUGGUCUAUCGGAGGCAGCUGACCUUUGAGGAGGAAAUCGCUGCUCUCCGCUCCUUCCUGUAGUAACAGCCGCCACCGCCGCCGCCGCCAGGAGCUCGGGCCGGAGCGACAGUAGCGGGCGGAGAGCCGGAUUCGCCGCCAGACGGCUCUGCCCGAUCAGGUGAACGGCCAUGGCGGGCUGGAUCCAGGCCCAGCAGCUGCAGGGAGAUGCGCUGCGCCAGAUGCAGGUGCUCUAUGGGCAGCACUUCCCCAUCGAGGUCCGCCACUACUUGGCGCAGUGGAUUGAGAGCCAGCCGUGGGAUGCCAUCGACCUGGACAAUCCCCAGGACCGAGCCCAGGCCACCCAGCUCCUGGAAGGCCUGGUGCAGGAGCUGCAGAAGAAGGCCGAGCACCAAGUGGGGGAAGAUGGGUUUUUACUGAAGAUCAAGCUGGGGCACUAUGCCACACAGCUCCAGAGCACAUACGACCGGUGCCCCAUGGAGCUGGUCCGCUGCAUCCGGCACAUUCUGUACAAUGAACAGAGGCUGGUCCGAGAAGCCAACAAUUGCAGCUCUCCUGCUGGGAGCCUGGUAGAUGCCAUGUCCCAGAAACACCUUCAGAUCAACCAGACAUUUGAGGAGUUGCGACUGGUCACACAGGACACAGAGAAUGAGCUGAAGAAGCUGCAGCAGACUCAAGAGUACUUCAUUAUCCAAUAUCAAGAGAGCCUGAGGAUCCAAGCUCAGUUUGCCCAGCUGGCCCAGCUGAACCCCCAGGAGCGGCUGAGCCGGGAGACGGCCCUCCAGCAGAAGCAGGUGUCACUGGAGACCUGGCUGCAGUGCGAGGCCCAGACGCUACAGCAGUACCGCGUGGAGCUGGCCGAGAAGCACCAGAAGACCCUGCAGCUGCUGCGGAAGCAGCAGACCAUCAUCCUGGACGACGAGCUGAUCCAGUGGAAGCGGCGACAGCAGCUGGCUGGGAAUGGAGGGCCCCCCGAGGGCAGCCUGGACGUGCUGCAGUCCUGGUGUGAGAAGCUGGCUGAGAUCAUCUGGCAGAACCGGCAGCAGAUCCGCAGAGCUGAGCACCUGUGCCAGCAGCUACCCAUCCCGGGCCCCGUGGAGAAGAUGCUGGCUGAGGUCAAUGCCACCAUCACAGACAUCAUAUCAGCCCUGGUGACCAGUACAUUCAUCAUUGAGAAGCAGCCCCCUCAGGUCCUGAAGACCCAGACCAAGUUUGCAGCCACGGUGCGCCUGCUGGUGGGCGGGAAGCUGAACGUGCACAUGAACCCCCCUCAGGUGAAGGCGACCAUCAUCAGCGAGCAGCAGGCCAAGUCUCUGCUCAAAAGCGAGAACACCCGCAACGAGUGCAGUGGGGAGAUCUUGAACAACUGCUGUGUGAUGGAAUACCACCAAGCCACAGGCACCCUCAGCGCCCACUUCAGGAACAUGUCGCUAAAGAGGAUCAAGCGUGCGGACCGGCGGGGCGCAGAGUCCGUGACAGAGGAGAAAUUCACGGUGCUGUUUGAGUCUCAGUUUAGCGUUGGCAGCAAUGAGCUUGUGUUCCAGGUGAAGACCCUGUCCCUUCCCGUGGUUGUCAUUGUUCAUGGAAGUCAGGAUCACAAUGCCACUGCCACUGUGUUGUGGGACAACGCCUUUGCUGAGCCGGGCAGGGUGCCAUUUGCUGUGCCGGACAAAGUGCUCUGGCCGCAGCUGUGUGAAGCACUCAACAUGAAGUUCAAGGCAGAAGUGCAGAGCAACCGGGGCCUGACCAAGGAGAACCUUGUGUUCCUGGCGCAGAAACUGUUCAACAGCAGCAGCAACCACCUGGAGGACUAUAGCAACAUGUCUGUGUCCUGGUCCCAGUUCAACAGGGAGAACUUGCCGGGCUGGAACUACACCUUCUGGCAGUGGUUCGACGGGGUAAUGGAGGUGCUGAAGAAGCAUCAUAAGCCUCAUUGGAAUGACGGGGCUAUCCUAGGGUUUGUGAAUAAGCAACAGGCCCAUGACCUGCUCAUCCACAAGCCCGAUGGGACCUUCUUGUUGCGCUUUAGCGACUCGGAAAUCGGGGGCAUCACGAUUGCCUGGAAGUUUGACUCUCCUGACCGCAACCUGUGGAACCUGAAGCCGUUCACUACACGGGAUUUUUCCAUCCGGUCCCUGGCCGACCGCCUGGGGGACCUAAACUAUCUCAUCUACGUGUUCCCUGACCGCCCCAAGGAUGAGGUCUUCUCCAAGUACUACACUCCCGUGCUAGCUAAAGCCGUUGACGGAUACGUGAAGCCACAGAUCAAGCAAGUGGUCCCUGAGUUUGUGAAUGCGUCUGUGGACUCUGUUGGGGGCAGCGCCACGUACAUGGAGCAGGCCCCGUCCCCAGCCGUGUGCGCCCAGGCUCCCUAUAACAUGUACCCACAGAACUCUGACCCUGUCCUGGACCAGGAUGGAGAGAUCGACCUAGACGAGACCAUGGAUGUCGCGAGGCACGUGGAGGAACUCUUACGUCGCCCAAUGGACAGUCUGGGCCCACCCCUUCCUCCCCCAGACGGCUUCUUCACCUCUGCCAGAGGCUCGCUGUCAUGAAUAUCUGCAUCCCACACUUCUCUUUGGAAACAGUAGUCACCGUGAAGGGUUCAUAUUGUGAUUUUAGCAUUUCUACGCAUACCAAUGCCUUUGCAGGCAGCAUGUAUACCCAUGCGUGUGCAUGUUUGUGCAUGAGGUGUGCCUGCCUCUCCUUCACAGCUGUGCGUUUGUGGCUGCAGCUGCAGCAGCCUUUUUCUUUUGGAUCAAAGCAUUCAAGAGCCCGCUGGGUCUGUCUCUGUUGUAGAAGAGACUGAGCUUCCGUCAUUGCAGGUACUCAAUGCAGGCAAACCAAUUCCUCCCAUGUCCUUUAUCUGCUCAGCAGCUGUUUGGAUGAAAUUAUCCAAGAAGGGGAAGGGAGACUGGUAAUGUCUUUAAGCUAAAGUGUUAUUCAUGAGGAAGAAGCUUUGCCGUCCCAAUAUGUGUGUGUGUGUGUGCGUGCACAUACACGUGUGCACACUCCCAAUGUUUACAUGCAUAUACAUACAUGCACCCUCCCAACGUGUAUAUACAGGUGUGUAGUCUCCCAAUGUAUGUACAUGCAUAUACAUACGCACAUCUGUUCUCAUGCAUAUGUGUUGGUCUAUUGAUCCUUUCCCUCAGGAGAGAGGCUGAGGUUUAUUUUGGGGUAAUAUUUUAUGCUUUAUCUAAUGAAUGUGGACUCCAGACUUUUUUGCAAACUCUCCAAGAGUUUGUCAAAGCCAUGUUAGCUGCCUUUGAGUCAGCUCAUGACUCGUGAUGACCUUACGCACAACAGAACAAAACACUGCCUGGUCCUGUGUCCUCCUCGUGUCGCCAGCAUGUUCAACGGCUUCAUUGCGGCUGUCGUGCCAGUCCAUCUCACUGAGGGUCUCCAUGCCCUCACUGGCCCUCUACUUUGUCAAACAUGAUGUCCUCUUCCCGCGAUUGAUUGUCUAAGCCAUAGUCAUGCCCUUAACACAGCAAAAACUAGUUGCCAGGUCAAUUCUGACUCUUGGUGACCCUAUGUGUAUCAGAGUAGAACUGUGCUCCAUAGGGUUUUCAAUGGCUGAUUUUUCGGCAGUAGGUUGCCAGGUCUUUGCUCCGAGGUGACUCUGGGUGAACUCGAACCUCUAACCUUUUGGUUAACAGCUGACUGCAGUAACCGUUAGUACCACCCAGGGACCGCCUUAACACAGUAGAGUUGGUUUGAGUCAUGGUUGUCAGCUGCACCGAGUAUGUGGUUUCUUGGCCUCAAGCUGGGGGCUUGGGUCUUGAAUCUGUGAUGCUACUGCCCACUUGCCCGAUGUCUCUAUCCACCCAGCCUUAUAUCCUUGCCUCCCUUUUUGCAACCUGGCUUACAGGAGAGGUGGGAGAGGGGAAAGGGCUGGUCUAGGACAUGGUGGGUGAACAGGGCCUGGGACUUGCAGAGUUGACCCCUCUCCUGGGGAAAAAUUGCUGCAGCAAGACCCAAGCAGCCAAUCAGCCAUUUUGUGUGUGCCCGUGGAAUCUGGAGAGCAGCAUAAAAGCUGAUCUGACUCUGUGGGGAGGUGGAAUCUGGAAUAGGCCUCAUCACCCUUGCAUAACUGACCAUAGUCUGAGACGGCCUUGCUCCCAACCACACAUACGCCUCCCUCGGUGGCACUAUGACAACCAGGGGUAGCUGAGUGCUGCAGAAUGGCAGUCCCAGGUUUAAACAUCGCUGAUCUCUAGAGGAAGGUGGGACUAACUAGAAGAGUGAUUUUAUACUUUGUACAUAAACCAUACAUUUGUGUAAAGUAUAACAGUAUUUUUGAAUAAAAUAUUUUUUGUCAUAAAUUUGAUGGUAUGGUUCCUGGGCUGGCGAGCUGGUGGUGGUCUCCUGGGCUGUUGGGGACCCCUGGACUGGAGUCAUUUUGUUCUUUCCGCCUAUGUGGCUGGUAUAACUUUAGCCUGAAGCAACAACUCUGCCCCCUUUUCUGUGGUUUAAGGGUGCUGGCCACCCCUGAAUACUGUCAGUGCCU